CAAAGCUGUCUCCACAUCGUCUAGCGCAACUGCACAUCAUGACAGACGUUCCCGGGACAUUCGGUCAGGCUGAGUGCAACGGGGAUACACCACCUGAAAAUGGUCAACAACCAAUCCCUAAAACAAAUGAGGGAGCCAGUGAUGUGGAUGGCACCCCACCAUACUACCGGGUCGAACGCCGUCUUGAAGACUUACCCACAGAAGGAAAUCAGGAGAAAAAUGAAAAAUUACAAGGGAAUAGGCUUGUCAGCUGGUCCACCGAUGGGGAGCUUCUCAAAGAGAAACCAGAAGAGAAUCUUUUUAUUGUUCAUAAGGCUGUGGCAGAUCUUUCUCUCCAGGAAACGAGUAGUGAUGAAAUGACAUUCAGAGGAGGGUAUCAAUGGAAGAAGAUACCUCUGAGCCUCAGUAACCAGGAAAUAAGUAGACAGGAAAGGAUUGCUGAACAAUCUCUAGAAGAGAAAGGAGAGGAGGACGGGAAGAACAAAGCUCAUCAAGCAAGUGAAAUUGAAUGGUUGGGAUAUCGGAAACCUAGCCAAGUCGAUGUGUUGCAUUCUAAACAUGAGGAGGAGCAAGAGGUUUGGGAUGAAGAAAUUAAUAACGAUGAUGAUGAUGGUUGCAAUGAUGACGAAGAUGAAGUUCGAGUGAUAGAAUUUCAGAAAAAAAAUGUUGAAGAUUCCCAAUUAAAAGAGGAAGGAAAUGCAAAUGAGGACUCCCCACUGAGCAGCCCUAGUUCCCAACCUGUGACACCUGAUGAGCAGCCACCCUUUGGGAAGAAGAGUGAUAUCUCCAGAAAUGCUUAUUCAAGAUACAAUACAAUAUCCUAUCGGAAAAUCAGGAAGGGGAACACCAAACAAAGAAUUGAUGAAUUCGAGUCAAUGAUGCAUUUAUAAACUAAAUGGAACUGAGAAGUUCU